AUGUCAAAAAGGAUAAUAGAAGAAAAAAUAAAGAGCAGGAGAAAGAUAGUGGAGAGAGCCCACAAGGAUGUAGCAAGCUAUGAUAUAUUGAGAACAGAGUCUUGUGGUUACAUAGAAACCGAUCCUGAUGAAAAGACAUACGACUUAACGCAAAGUAAGAUACGAAGGCAUGUUAGCAUCAAAGCAUGCGAGCAGGCAUAUGAUCUAAAGCUAGAUAAUGGGCCGAUAUAUGCCAAGUAUUCGAGGAAUGGGAUGCAUAUGCUUCUUCGGAAUGAUAGGGGGUACUUGGCGUCAUUCAAUGCUAAGUCUAUGGAUUUACAUUUUGAAAUUGACGUUAAUGACAAGAUUUAUGAUGCAACAUAUCUCCAUAACGAGCGGUUUAUUGCAGUGGCCCAGAAGAACAAUAUUUUUAUAUAUGACGGGUGUGGAGUAGAAAUACACUGCGUCAGAGAUAACAAAGAUGUGUUCAAGAUGGAGUACUUACCAUAUCAUUAUCUUUUAGCAAGUGUUUCGCGCAAGGGUUUCCUAAGGUAUCAGGAUGUAUCGACCGGAAAGAUCGUUAGCCAAAUUUUAAUGAAGAGCCAAGAGAUUGCUUCCAUAAAGCAAAAUCCUAUGAAUGCCAUUAUACACACUGGCAGCAACAAGGGUGUUGUCAGCCUAUGGUCGCCAAGCUCUGAAGAAUAUUUGAUGAAGAUACUAUGCCAUAAAAGUGCUAUUUCAAGCAUUGAGAUUGAGAGGGAUGGGAGAUCCAUGAUUACAGUGGGCAUGGACAAUAGAAUCAAUAUAUGGGACCUAAGGAACACAUAUACGCAGCUUAAUACUCUAAAGGCAAAGCCUGGAUUAACAGCAACUUCUCUGAGUCAGAAAAGCAUGUUGGCAUUGUCGUAUGGUGACAAUGUUCACAUAUGGAAGGACUUUAUCAACUCUUCUGGGGAGGUGUUAUAUAUUAAGCAUAAGACAGGAUCGCCUGUAUCGAGCGUCGACUUCUGUAACCACGAGGACAUACUGUGCAUCGGACAUGCAAAUGGAAUAUCAAACAUCAUCGUUCCAGGAUGCGGAGACCCCGUAUAUGACUCCUAUGAGGACUCUCCAUUUAUUUCUAAGAAGGCGAGGCGUGAGAAAGAGGUUAAAAUGCUAAUGGAAAAGAUACCUUACGAGUUGAUAUCCAUAGAGUCUAAGGUUGGGAGUAUCUAUAAAGAACCUAAAGUAGACAAGCCUAAAGAGGAGUUUCCGAGAUACUUUGAGGCCGAGCCUGUCAGAAGAGGAGCCUUGAGUAGAUUUUACAACAGAGAUGGAUAA